GGUCACCAACACUCCAACCUAACCAUGUUCAGAAGCAAGAAAAACUGCAAAAAUAUGAAUAGUUGUGCAGUUAAUGCCAGCGGUGUGGCCAACCAAAAUGCAAUGGUCAAUCUUCCCCUACUUCUUUUUUCAAUGCCCACAUGAAAUUCUCUCUCUAUAUAUUCAUUCUCCUCAUCUCUUAGCCUUCACCAUCUAACUUUUGGAAGCCUGCAAACUCAUCAUCACCAACAUCUCUAGACUAAAACCAUGGUCUUUCAUUUGGUUCUUCUCAAGCUUGUAGAUUGGCUUUUGUACCAGUUCUUGGCCACUCCUUGCUACCUUGCAGCCACUAAGAUCAGAAAGUACUAUUAUGGGUUCUUUUAUAGAAACCCAUCUCUCAAAUUACCACAACAAACAUCUCCAUUCCCUAGUGUGACCAAGUGCAGUCAGGAGUCUAGGGCUUCUCAGACCUUGGUUUGUGACAUUCAGGGUACCUUAUUAAGGUCUAAGUCUUUUUUUCCUUAUUUCAUGUUGGUUGCUUUUGAGGGUGGUAGCAUUGUCAGAGCCUUCCUAUUGCUUCUUUCUUGUCCUUUUUUGUUGGUUUUAGAUCAUGAGGUUAAGUUGAGGGUCAUGGUGUUCAUAACCUUCUUUGGGCUUAGGAAAAAGGAUGUAAAGAGUGUUGGAAGAGCCGUUUUGCCCAAGUUUUUCCUUGAGAAUCUCAACCUUCAAGCCUAUGAGGUGUUGGCUUCCACUGGGAGGAGGGUUAUUUUUACUACUGUCCCUAGAGUGAUGGUUGAGUGGUUUCUCAAGGAUUAUUUGGAGGUGAGUAAUGUUGUGGGAACUGAACUUCACAGUGUCGGGAAUUACUUCACAGGUUUCCUAUCAGAGUCAGGGUUGCCUGUGAAGCAUAAGGCUCUCAAGGAGUUCUUUGGAGAUUACAAGCCUGACAUUGGCCUUGGAACUUCGAGUCCUCAUGACCAAUUGUUCAUCUCCCUCUGCAAGGAAGCUUAUGUGGUGAAUAAGGAAGAUCGCAAGAACAGUGCAAUUUCAGUGAUGCCAAGAGAGAGAUAUCCAAAGCCUCUGGUGUUCCAUGAUGGGAGGCUAGCUUUCUUACCUACCCCUUUAGCAACUCUUUCCAUGUUCUUGUGGUUCCCACUAGGGUUAACACUUGCCAUCUUCAGAUUAUGUGUGGGUAUCUUCUUGCCUUACAAGAUGUCCCUCACAGUGGCCUGUUGGAGUGGUAUCAGAAUAAGGGUCAAAGGGUGUAUCCCUUCAAAUUCAGAUAAGAGGAAAGGGGUCCUCUAUGUUUGCACCCACAGAACUCUCUUGGACCCAGUGUUCCUUGGUACAGUAUUAAUGAAACCACUUAUUGCAGUCACAUACAGCUUAAGUAAAGUCUCUGAGUUCAUAGCCCCUAUGAAGACAGUAAGGUUGACAAGAGACAGGGAACAAGAUGGAGAAACAAUGCAAAAACUACUAAGUGAAGGUGAUCUAGUAGUUUGCCCUGAAGGAACCACAUGUAGAGAACCAUAUCUCUUGAGAUUUAGCUCUUUAUUCGCUGAGUUAGCUGAUGAAAUUGUUCCUGUGGCAAUGAAUGCACAUGUGAGCAUGUUUUAUGGCACAACAGCAAGUGGGUUAAAAUGCUUGGACCCAAUUUUCUUCUUAAUGAACCCUUGUCCUGGUUACAAUGUUCAUUUCCUUGGGAAGGUACCCAGAGAGCUAACAUGCGCUGGGGGUAGAUCAAGCUUUGAGGUUGCCAACUACAUACAGAGACAACUAGCAGAUGCUUUAGGGUUUGAGUGCACAACCCUAACAAGGAAAGAUAAGUAUAUGAUGCUUGCAGGAAAUGAAGGGAUAGUCCAUGAAAAGAAAGAGAAGCCAUGAGAUGUUUACUUGGGACUUGAAAGUUUGCAAGAUAAGGAAUAUAUAUAUAUAUAUAUAUAUCAUAUAUGUGUCUUAUAAUUACUUAAAUUUUUUUGUUAUCCUAUGGAAUGAGUGAUUAUAACUAUCACUUAAAUUGCAAUUUUUUUUUUCUAGUCCUAUGGCUUUGUGACCAUUUGAUUAAAGGUUUUGUGAGUAGUUUUGUACCAAUUGGAGUUGAUUAAUAUACCAUUUAUUAAGACA